AUGUCGUCCGAGGCGCCCCAGACCAAGAAGUUCCAGAAGGGCGAGCGCACCAUCACGCCAGCCUCGCAAAAGGCCAGCAAAUACUACCCUGCUGAGGACGAGCCACAGUUGAAGAAGACUCGCAAGACCCAGCACCCAUACAAGCCUCGCGCAUCUCUCCAGCCGGGCGCUGUCCUUAUCCUCCUCGCUGGUCGUUUCCGAGGCAAGCGCGUGGUCCUCCUCAAGGUCGGACCCCAGGGCACCCUCAUCGUCACCGGUCCCUUCAAGGUCAACGGUGUCCCACUCCGCCGCGUCAAUGCCCGCUACGUGAUCGCAACCAAGACCACCGUCUCUCUCGACGGCCUCGACAACUCGACUUUGGACAAGGUCGCCAGCGAGAGCUACUUUGCUCGGGACAGGAAGGCGGACAAGAAGGGCAGCGAGGAGUCUUUCUUCAAGCAGGCCUCGGGCGAGAAGCCAGCCAAGAAGGAGGUUGCUGGUGAGCGUGCUGAGGACCAGAAGAAGGUGGACAAGGCCCUGUUGGCGGCCAUCAAGAAGGAGCCGGAGCUCCAGGCAUACCUCAGCUCCAACUUCAGCCUGAGAAAGGGCGACAGGCCGCAUGAGAUGGUCUUCUAG